AUGCCGAGUGCCGAAAACGGUUUACGCACCAGGCGCAUCGCUUGCCGUGAGGCACAGGCUAAACAGGUGGCGCAUUUCGCUCGCUGUCUCGUAGAUGCUCUCAAGGAGUUCGCGGCAACACACAAAAGGCCGCCAGCGGACGACGCGGGGAAUUCGCUGGACCCGACAACAUGGGGCAUUGAACCUUUCGGUGGCUUGGGCUACACGGGCUAUUACUACAGUCUACUUGAAGGAUACGUGCAGCUGAAUCUGCUACUGUUGGAUGCGGACAAGUUUCUCCCUAUUUUGCAGCGAGGACGACAGGACUCUGUGCCAUAUUUCAUCCAGCUAUUGUGUGGAUACUGUGAUGGCAGACACCCAGACUGGAUGGCGAAACGGCUGCAACCAAUCCUGGAGGGAAACCAACUUAAACCGAUGACGGCUGAGGUACUACAAGCCAUUCGCGAUCACUGUGCCUUGCUGUUCCGCUGUUUGUACAGCAUCACUGGUGAUAACAAGGCGCUGGAUCCUGAGCUGGUAGAGCGCUGCAUUGGCCCGUUCUGA